AUGGAUCUGGUCACAUCAGAUUUUGAAUCUCCCCGUCGUCGUCCUUCACUUGUACGAGACCGUCCCUCUCGGCCUCCGUUACCAAACGGCCCACGCUUGCGCUCCCGCACAAAAAAUUCAGUCGAUAUGAACAGUCCCCACGGAAGCUCUAGCACCGACGGAUGUUCUUCUGUCGGCUUGACAUCUCCUGUAAUCACCUCUCCCUCCCUCCGUCCAGCCUCCCUAGGCCCGUUGGACGAAAGCCAAUCAUCUUCCCUCGAUGCCUCGCUCCCGCAGUGCUUGCCACAUUCGGGCGCUUUUUUACACACACGCGCAACAUCAGACGUUGGCGUUCAAGUUUCACAGAAUUUAGCCUCAUGCCCUCCCUCGUUACCCCCUGCAGCGACACCUCCAGCUCAAAAGCUAAAAGUAACGCUCAAGUCAAAACCAUCGGUAACGACAUUCCAGCCUCCUCCUCCCCUUGCGCCCCCGCCUACAGUUUCAUUCGAAUCCGUGCAAAUUCCUUGGAAGGGCCUUCCCUAUGAGGCCGCCCAAUGGACAUUCACCUCACCCGAACUACAGGAGAUAGUCUCACGUGCUAUCAGGUUAAGCGCAAAAGAGUCCUUCAUACGUCUCCUAUCUCUCCAGGCGCUCGACACAGACAUGGUAAAAGAAGCAGAGCGUCUUGAAGAAGAGCGCCUAGCAGCGCAGGUUAAAUGGAGAUUCGAAAUGAAUAGACGAACCAUGCUCAUGCAGGCGCUCAAUUCAUGUGCGGGUGUAUUUGCCAGCUCGGGAGAGAGUGACAAAGAGAAUGUGUUGGGAGGCUUAAUAUCACAGGUUGCGACUUCUAUUGCUUCGUGCGACUCUAUUCUUGCAUCCGUUUUGCACAUGUCAGACCAACAGGCCCAAAUUUCGGUGGUUCAGCACCGACAUUGGGCGUCCGCUCUCGGGAUUGCACUCCGCAAACUAAACAAAGCAUUCGAGCGUCAGGGAGAAGAUAUGAAACGCGCACUAUCCCGUAUCCAGACGCUCGAGGAUGAGCUCGAGGAGGCUUGGAGAGAAGCGGAGGGCAUGGCUGCCGAGAUUGAUGAGAUGGAUCAGAGCGACGAGGAAGUGGACGAUAUCGAUGACACCCAAACACUGGGAGACAUUACCAUCAACACCGACAUCGCACAAGUCAUGGGUGUCACUGCUAAAGCUGUGUUAUCCAAAGCCACUCUCGUCUCCCAAGUGAAGCAUGUACCAACCGACGUCAAGUCCAUCAAGUCUUUUAAAUCCGUAAAAUCUUCUCGCAGUAAACGAUCCAAAGAUGGCCCAAACCGGCUUUCACGUCUAUCCGCAGCAAAGACACGCUCACGCACUGCAUCCAAUGCCAGUCUCCGUUUACCUAAAGGCUUGCGCACCCCAACGGCAUCUCAUUUUCCACAAGAUGAACCACCACCCAUGCCUGCACUUCCAGACGCCUUACAAGGAUGCUCGUUCCUUGAUAUGGACAGCGGCGCAGAGUACUGCCGCCCGCUAAGAAAACAGUUGCCUAACCGCGCUCCGGAACCGACAGUCUCCCUUCCUGAACCUCCCCAUACAGCAGGUCUUCCUCGAACUGCCAUUCCCUCAAUUUGGAUAGACGCUGACUCAGGCCCCGGUUUGCGACCGAACGGCCUCGAUCGUUCACACUCCAUGCAGAUCUCCCCCUCCCUCCGCCAACCCCGGAGAAGCGAACUCGUGAUGAGCCUGUCACGGUCCGAUCCCUCAAACUCACCUGUGGAGAAGGCUGAACCUGUUUUGGGCGGUACCGGUGCUGUAGCUGUAGUGGAUAAACCACUUCCUGCGGAUAUACCUGUGCCUGUUGUCGACCGGCCACUAUCAGCCGUGGAUAGGUUAGUGUCUGGGUCGAUGGAUCGACCGCGUCCGAGUGUGGAUAGGAGGAGUUCUGGUUCUCACAAGUUGAUACCACUACUUGAAAGGUCGUUAGGAAUCCCUGCGACCCUUAUCUCCGGCGGGAGGUAUUACUCGCGCGGAUUACCCAGUUACCGGCCAACGGACACUGUUUCUGAGGGCAGGACCCCGCCGCGUGUAUGA